CCAGCUGGUAAUUAACUGAUCUUCUUUACGCCUUGUGGCACCCGAGGCGCAUGCGCAGAAGGCGGGGAGUCGAUACUUUCACACUUGCCGUCUAUAUGAGCGCGGGCGGGCGAGCUCAACCUCAAAGUGAGCUUCUCCUUCGGAUAGCCAUGAUCAUCCACAGGAUCCUCCUUGUAGCCCUGGUGGCUACCUCGGCAACAUGGGCUCACCCACAGCGCCAGCGUCAGUCUCCGCUCUCGAUGGGCAUGCGCUUCUUGGGCAACCUUCGCGAUGGCGUCACCAAGACCUUCCAGGGAAUCUUCGGCGGCGGAAAUACCCGGCAGACUAAGGAACAACUCCAGGGCCGUCCCUUCCAGCAGCAGCUCGUGCCACGACCCCCGUCCGGCCCCGUGCAGCCCCACGGCGCCCAUGAGGCCGUCCUUCACUCGAGCUCCCACACCACGGCUCCCCCGUCCUCAUUCUUCACCGUUUUGCACGAGGCCCCAGAAGCCUCAACCGCGUUCCCAGACAUCAAGGGCUUCACGGACGAAAGUUUUAAGCCCAGCACCUUCUUCAAUGGCCACACUCCCUUCCAAGGCACGGUCGAGGAGGAAGAACUCCCCCUUGUUGUUAACGAGGUAGCGGUAAGUCGGCCAGAGACUAACAUUUUUGCACGACCCCCGUCUUUCCUGGUUACCCACGACCCACAGGCUGACAAGCAUAUCCCUCCUUCCCACAACUCGCAGACUUCCACUUUCUCCUCUUUCGGAAAGGCCCCCCUUGACACCCCGAUCCCUUUCGGUAAUUCAGCAACUUUCAGCCUAGGAAAGCUCAGGGAUAGUUCCUCAGAUUCCCCAUUUCCCUUCCGUGAUGCUGAGGAGGACAAGGAUGCUCUGAGACCUUCCUCUCUUACAUCCGGCCAGGGACCAAGACCCACUCCUUUCGUCCAGCGUCUGAAGCCCAGCGUAGGUUCUCCCGCCCGCGUUGAGCCCACCUCACGCCCAUUCGUUCACCGCCCACACCCAACUACCCGUCAGUUCAUCCAGCAAACACGGCCUACAUCACGCCCACACUCCUCCCUGAAGCCGAAGCCCUCCAGCACGUUCUUCAAGGCAAGUAGCCCAUUCAAGCCUUCGGACGAAAUCACGAAGGCUCCCAAGCAAUCCUUCACCUCUUCGGAUCCCGCCGUGCCCUCCACAGCGCCCAUCAGGCCCCAAGCCCCCUCCCCCUCCCCUACGCUCUUCCGCCACACGCCCUCCGAUGUGACUCACCACGCCCCUCCCGCCCGCGAGGUGAGGCCUCAGCGGGAGGCCUUCAAGAAGCCGGUGCGACCCGCCAAGGUCGGCGGCGGCCACAUCAACACCGGCACGAAGAUGACUGUCGUCAGUACCCUGAACGAAGAUGGCACGCAGCCAAAGACGCUGCUUAAAGACUAUUCAUGACCUGUAGAUCGUGACAUCCAGACCCAUUCUUGUGACCUGCAUGAUGCGCGGACGAAAAUUUCGGUCUAAACAAAAGAGAGAAAAUGACAUGACAACCAAUAGACAUCGUCAGAUGUGGUGUGCUAGCCUGUCAGUCAGACCAACUGAAGCUGCUGCACUUAGUAUUGGCUUGAAUCACGCAUGAUAUAGGUCACGCCAUCGUAGAACUUGUGCAUGUCGUCCUGAAGCACCGCUAAGGCUGCUGAGAUCCCUGCAUCCUCGCAGGCACUAAAUGCAUGACAGAGAAACUGAUCCUUUGGCAUUUAGUGUUGUUGUUUUUCUUCAAGUUGUGUACAUAAUCGUUGUUCCUUUUUUAUGUCCUUUCGCAGGCGAUUGGACCAAUUAUUGUGUGUUUUUAUAAUAAAAUUGAUCUUAAAAGU